AUGUCAAAAGGCUUCAAAAUUUUUACUCUACUGUUGCUACUGGUGGCCUGUGGAUUAUUCUAUAAAAAUUCCAACAUACAACCCUCUAGUCCUUUUAAGUCAAUCAUUUCUCCAGGAAGCACAGCCUCCAUUUCUAACAAUAAAAAUUCCAGUUUCUCUCCUAUCACCCCCAUGGAUGUUCUAAAAAAGGGAAAUGGUAUUAUAUUUGUUGAGACUACUGACAGGAUGAAGCCACCAUCUUUGGUUUUGUGUGCUGUUGAAUCGGCAGCCCGUGUGUACAAGGACAGACCUGUGGUUUUCUUCAUGAAAGGUUUACCAGACAUAAACAUAAUGGAGGAUGAACUUAAAGCACGCAAGAAUUUCCCUACCCUCUCAACUUUUGAUAAUGUCUACUUUUUUCCUUUGAAAAUUGAAAAAAUAUUUAACGACACACCACUCAUGCCAUGGUAUAAAAAGGUAAUUCCUAAGUUUGAAACAUACUGGACUCAUGUAAGUUCAGACGGAUGCAGGUUAGCCCUCGUUUGGAAACAUGGUGGCAUUUAUAUGGAUUCUGACAUUAUAUCAAUGCGGCCCAUCCCGGAUGUGAACUUUCUUGCAGCCCAAUCCUCCCAGUUUUCGAGUAAUGGCAUAUUUGGACUAACAGAUCACCACAUUUUUUCCUGGAAAAGCAUGGAAAGCUUUGUGCAGAAUUAUAAUGGGGCAAUAUGGGGGCACCAGGGUCCACAACUUUUUACACGCAUUCUUAAUCAGUUUUGUAGCAUUCCUCCAUUUAAGUCUACAGAGGAUGUUAAAUGUGGAAACAUAUCUUUUUUGAAUCCUCAGAGGUUCUAUCCUAUUCCAUAUCAAGCCUGGGGAAGAUACUAUGAUGUCUGGGAAAAUGUUCCAACUUUCAAUGACUCUUAUGCCUUGCAUCUCUGGAAUUAUAUGAAUCAAGGAAAGAAAAUCAUGGUUCCUGGAAGUAACACACUAAUAGAACAUCUCUACAAACAGUAUUGUCCCACACUCUAUGGUGCUCUUGAAAGGAAUGAGUCAAUUUAUGGCUAG